AUGGAGAACGGCUGCCCCAUUGAGUUCCCAGCCCGUUUCUGUUGCGGUCUGAUACACAACUCCUGGCCUCGCCGCCUGUCUUUGCCCCGUCCCUCUGGCAGAGAAGCAGGAUGUGGGGAAGUAACCAAACAGACUGUGCCCACGAAGGUGGGGCAGCGCCACAAUCUGAUUCUGCCAGGUGUGCCGAUUAUUUGUGCCGUGCAGGUGGAGGAACAGCCCUCCUCUUGUCUGGCAGGGAAAGGCGAGGCUGGUUGUAGCAGGCGGCCCUCGAGAGCCUCGGCCAAUAUUUGCACCCGUUCCACCUUCAUGGGCGUCAGAGCCACACGGGCACCGUGCCAGGCAGAGCAAGAUGGUAUACAAAUUAAAAGCGAUGAUGAUGAUGAUUCCUUGAGCCGUGGAGGUUUGCUCCUUUCUGACUUCCCCUCCCCUCCCCUUGCAGUCUCUGCCAGCACACAGGCCACUCACAGCUCUUCAGCAGCAAGCCCCUCGGCAGUCUCCGAACACCUAAGGACACCCAGUUCCAGGGUGGAGGAAAUCACUGCACCCCACAGCGAGAUCAGCCCCACGGCAUCAGGAGCACCCACAGAAGAGACCGCCUCUGCCAACCACACGACUCACCCGGGCUCCUCGCCUCCUCCCAGGCCCACCAACAGCACCACCAGGGAGGGGGGCAACACGACAACCGCCGCCCCACUCACAACCCCCCUGGCCAGCUCCAGGGAGCCACUGCUCACCAGCCGAGAGGCCGGAUCCGCCAGCCACAAUUCCACCACAGCUGAAUCCGGCGAGGACGCGCCCAUUUCCCAGAAACCCGGCCUGGUGGCCAUCAUCUGCAUCUUCGUGAUCAUCCUGCUCAUUGGCGCUGUCGUGGUCCUGGUGAAAUGUUACAAGGGGAGGGAGCCGGCCUUCCAGAAGCUGGACGAGGUCCCCAUGGGCAAAGUCACGGAAGGUUCUCCGUUUGCCCAUUUUCCUCCCAAGUAGCCUGGCUCCCCUUCCACCCCACUCCCCCCGAAGGCCUGCCGAAAGAAGGGCCGCAUCCUGCUGUCACUUAGCCUGUGCAAUAAUAAUAACAACAAAAGUUUCCAAAUUUG